CAAUUGAAUACGAACGUGAAAGAAAGAACUGCUGUCAACAGGCUAUGAAAUACAAAGUGGUUUUCAAAAGGCACCCCGCCUGUCGCAACGAAAUAAUAUGUUGGCUGAAGUGUCGCGUGAACGUGGCAAACAAUACUUUGGAAAAGGACAGUUAUUCGAAGCGAUGGAAGAAUUCAACAAUUGCUUGGCGUUGGCAGAAAUUGGAACGAAUGAAAUGGGAUUGGCGUUUGCAAAUCGCUCAGCGUGCUAUGUGCGCAUGAAUAUGCCGAUGAACGCCAUGACUGACAUUGAUUUGGCCAAGGCAGCAAAUUAUCCACCACAACUGAUGCACAAACUCAAUGACCGUUACCAGAAGUGUUUUUUACGUUUGACCACUGAAACAUUUCAACCGGCUAUAUUUCGUGUUCGUGACCUACGCUUAAGUUUCAAUGAACAUGACAAGUUCGAAGGUGUGGCAGACUGUUUGAAAAUUCAACGAAACAUGGCAUACGGUCGCCAUAUAAUCACAAAAUGUGAUCUUCAAAUAGGUCAAAUUGUUCUGCAUGAAAAACCGUAUUCGAUUGUGCCAAAUCAGUCAUCGAUGUCUUAUAAAAAUCGUUGUACGCAUUGUUUUGAGUUAUUCAAAAACUUCAUCACAUGCAACCAGUGUGGUGCCUAUUUUUGUAGCAGUGAAGGUUGCCUGGAAAUGUCUUACCAUAAGCAUAUUUGCAACAUCCCAUACUCGGGGCCGAAGCACACAUUUGAUUUGGUUCUGCAGGUGCUUUUCGAAAUCAACGAUGCAUACAAAGGCGUGAACCAACUGUUGAACGCGAUCGAAUCUCUUCGAAAGGGCAAUUACUACAUGGCCGAUUUGACAGGUGACCAGCAGAAAGCAUUCUGUUCAAUUUUCCAAAUGAAUCACAACCACGAAAAGCAAUCGGAUGAACAAAUGCAAAGUCUACUGCAGGCGUCGGCUUGUGCUUACCAACGCAUCAUGCAUAUCGCCAAUUUUAACCGAAAAUUCGUCACCAAAAAACAUCGUCGUUUCUUGAAACAUUUGAUUUUACAUUUGUUUCACAUCGCGAAAUACGCAAUUGAUUUGUACGACUACAGGCAAGAGGGAAGUGGCGACGAUGGCAUCACCAAAAAUCAUACGUUCCAAAUGUUUGGCAGUGGAAUCUACCCGAUCGGAAGUUACAUCAGUCAUUCCUGCAAUCCGAAUGUCUUGUGUUAUGCAAGUUGUUUCAGCUACAUGGUGUGCCAGGUCAUCCGUCCCAUAAAAAAAGGCGAACAACUGUUCCGAUCAUAGUUUCCUCCAUUGUGGGAGCUCGACCAACACCGAAGUUUGAUUACAAAACUCCAGCAUGAACAUCAUUUCAAAUGUG